AUGGACGGGGUCGCCAUCCCUGGCGGGGCGGCCGCGUUGCCGGCCUGGGUGGUGCUGGCGCUGGAGGCCGCGGCCUACCUGGGGCCAGGGGCGUGCCCGACGGUGACGGCGGGCGAGAAGGCGGUCGAGAAGCUGGUUGGAGCGCUGCUCGGAGGGGUGGUGCACUGGCUGGUGGGGAAGGUGAUAGCCCGCAGGCAUGUCGACGCUCGUGGGUGGUGGACUAGAGCGCUCCCAGGGGAGCGCGUGGUCUGCCGGUUCUCCGACGACGAGGUCGACCACGAGCGAGUGCUGCUACACUACGUGGCAGAGGGUGAGUGGGUCAUCCUGACCCCUGACGGUGACAUCUACGCGGAGGACAUGAGCUGUGAGAACCCCGAGACGGGGCCUUCUCGGGCCUUCCCGCUGGCGCUGCGGACGCGGAAGAUGCGGAGGCUGUAUCGCUUCCGAGAGGCCCUGGGGCCCGACGAGCUGGCCGACGCGCUGACACGGGGCCGGCAGGCGGCGCUGGAGAUAGACGCCGCCCUGCCCGAGCCGAGGGAGGCUGUGGCCGUGAGCGGCCAACGGGUCUCGUGGCAGGAGGCGUCGGGCAGGCUGUCGGCCGCGGAGCGGGCCGGCCUGCUGCGCUUGGGCAUGGCCGUGGCUCGCUUGGGCGGGAAGCUUCUGGAGGCUCCUGUGGCGGGUCAGGCCUGGAUCGCCCUCAGCGGCGGGCCCGGCAUCGCGGUCGGGGCAGAGGUUGACGUGGCGGACGGCGAGGGCCUGAGCUUCGAGGGCGGGCCUGAGCCCUUCGGCGUGCUGAGGGCCUCCGACGGCAGCAUGGUGCGACUCGCUCGGCUGGGCGCUGGGGCGGCCCCUGGGCGCGUGAGCGAGGAGGCCGCUUCGAGGCAGGAGCACUACCCGGACGCGAAGGUGGACGGACCGCCGGGGGCUCUCCACAUGCUGAAGCACAUGGAGAGGCACGGAGGCGACCCGCGGCUCUGGCUCGACCUCUUCAUCCGCAUGAAGGGCCUGGGUCAGAAUGACCGCGUGGUGCACGAGCUGAGGACGAUCGUGGAGGCUUUGUACCAGGGCGGGGUAUACGAUCAGCUGAACAUGGGCGGCCUCAUGAUGGUGGAGGUGUUGACUCGCCGUGUCGCCGCUGUGGUGGAUGCCUACUCGGACCCGACCAAGCCGAGCUGGACGAACGCACGCUUCUUCGAGGGCGUGAGCUCGGUGGAAGACGUCUCGGGGCCAGAGCUCAGGGGCUACGUCCACCGGCGGGCGAAGGAGCAGCAUGAGAUAGAGCAGGCGCAAGGUCGGGCGCGUACGCUACGCGGGGCGCCUGCAGAGACGGUCGACGGAGCAGAAGGAGCUGGAGCCCGCAGUUUCUUGCCGCUCCCGCUGCUGGGCGACGCAGGCCGCCGAAUUCGCGGCAGGUCGAGCAGGGCGAGGCAGUUCGGUCGUGAGGGUCGGAUUGCGUCGGAGGUCAACGGUAUCGUCGAUGCCAUCAACUGGAUGUCGGGCUACGACUCACAUCCUGGCCCAGCUAAUGACAUGCAGCGGGAUGUGCUUGAGCGCUUCGAGGGCCUCGUGCGGGGCCGGCAGCCGGACGCCAAGUUGCAGGAGCCGCAGGCGGCCCUCCGGGAGCUGCUGCGGGGUCGCUCGCCAUACGAUGGGCGCGGCGGCCCGACGACGGUCGCCUCCUACAGUGCAGGGCUCGUCAGCAUGCCGACGGACGUGAGCGACUGCCCGCGUCUGGAGGACCUCUUGCCUGGCGAGGCCCUUACCUUCCUGCAGGAGCGCCAAGAGCGCAUGUUACGAGUGACACCUUUGCCGACCGACGUCGAGCCGUACUUCGACUCGGUCCUCAAGUUCAACCACAAGGAGUACCGCGGCCUGGUACGUCGGCUGCUGUCAGCUGGCAUCCUGGGGUGGACUCUGACACCGAAAGAGAGGAUUGGGAUGUUUUCUGUGUGGAAGGAUGGGCGGCGCCGACUUCGUCUCAUAGUCGACGCCCGCCGUACGAACGCCCACUUCAGAGAUCCGCCUGGGGUGGAGCUACUGAGCAGCGAGGGCCUCGCCAGGAUCGAGGUGCAGAUGCCAGACGCUGGCUUCUCGAGCUACGAGGACCUCCGCGCCGCACUGCAGGCGCAGCAGGUGUACAUCGGCAUGGCGGACGUGAAGGACUGCUUUCAUCGAAUGCGUAUCGAUUCAGCCCUUUCGCAGUACUUUUGCCUGCCGCCGGUCAAGGCUGGGGCCUUCGGCGUGACCGAGGUCGAGGGGAUCAAGGAGGUCAGGCACUAUGUGUACGUGGACAACUUGGGGGUCUUUUCGCUGUUCUCUGAGCUUGUGAGCGGCGUGAUGAACCAGCUGACGGGCGAGUUCACCGAGCUGAACCCACUGUUGCACAAGGACGAGCUGGUGCCGGGCAUGGCAGUGGCGCUUGGCAUGGAGAUCGACGGCAGCCGGUUGCGCACUCGUGUGGCCAGUGAUCGCUUCUGGCGUUGCCGCCAGGCCGUGCGAGGCCUCCUAGCCCGCCGCCGUGUCAAGGGGUGGGCCGUGGAGGCGGUGCUGGGCCAUCUAACCUUUUGUGGCCUCUGCUCGCGCGGCACCUUGUCAGCUUUCAAUUCAGUGCACGGCUUUGUGCGAGCCCACUACGAGGAGGCGGCCGUGCUAUGGGCCGAGGCUCGGCGAGAGCUGGCCGCCUUCAGCUCCCUGAUGUACUUUUUGGAGUCAGAUUGGUGGCUGCCCUGGAAUCCGAUGGCGCAGCAGUCUGACGCCAGUCUUCACGGCUACGGGCUGGCAAGAGCCUUUUGGCCGCAGGAGCUGGUGGAGUCAGUCGGACGCGUGCCUGAGCGAGCCCGCUUCCGCCGGCGCUGCGCCCACAGUGCUCGAGAGGCGGCGCUCUGUGCAGCUGGUUUCAGCAUGAGUGAGAGUGGAAAAUGGGAACUCAAGGGCCUUCCCGAGGACGAGGAGGAGCUGGGCCAGUGGGACGUCGUGAGGGACUUCCCGGAGGGCUCCCAGGCGAGCCCAGGGCGGGUCUCCGCCUGGGCCGAGCCCGAGCGGGCGGCCGAUGGCGUCGCGGCCCGCGAUGCGGCCUGGGCGCCCUCGAGCGCCAGAUGGGCGGGGGCGCUCUCGGAGCCCCCAGCAGGUCAGGCGAGGCGCGCGGCCUGGGGCGGGCCGCUGGCGCACGAGGGGGUGAGGCGCACGCGGCAGCUGGUCCCUGCGCCGCCGAUAGCGCCGCUGCCGCUGCCGGCAGCUCGGCGGGAGCGUCAGCUGGGCGAGUCGGGGCUCUUGAAGACGGCUGUGUUGAGCCGACCCCUGCCGCGGGGCCUGGGGCAAGUGGUGGAGGACCUGACGAAGGUGCCUGUGCCCGCGGAGCCCGCUCGGGGAGCGCGAGAGAGCGUCGGCUCCUCCGACAGCGGGAGCUCCGAGCCCGAGGUCGUGACCGGCGCCGCGCGGCUGCGCAGGCUCGCGCAGUCGCAGAAGCGCCGUGCUCGCCACUACGGGAUGCCUGCCGGCGAAGAGGGUUUCUCUCUCCUGGAGCGGGAGGCCGUGCGGACCCCGACGCAGCGCGAGUACCAGAGGGCCUGGGACGGAUGGCGGGACUUUGCCCGUCGGAGCUGGCCCUCGGUCGACAUCGACGAGGUCAUGAAGAGCAGAGACGAUUCCGAGGUAGACUCGGCGUUGGUGAGCUACCUGAACGGCCUGUACCAAGCUGGGACUCACCUCUCCUGGGCCGAGAAGCUGAUGGCGGGGGUCUUGCACUUCAGCCCCGACUUCUCGCGCUACGGUGCCCGGCGCCUCCCCCGGGGCUGGAGAUGCCUCCGGGCCUGGCGGCGCCUGGAGCCGCCGCGGGCGAGGAAGCCGUGGGCGCUGGCGCUGUGGUGCGCCAUGGCGUGGCGCAUGAAGGCCCGUGGCAGUCUUCAGAUGGUGGUGUUCACGUUGAUAGCAGUCAGCGUGCAUGCCCGCCCCAGCAGCCUUUUGCUCCUGAAGCCGGCCUGCCUGGUGCCGCCAGCGCCGGGAGUGUGCGAGUUCUGGACCUUGAGGCUCUUUCCAGAGGAGGAGGACCUGAGGGGCAAGACGGGCCUGGGGGACGUGUCGCUAGAGUUAGACUCGCCCUGGAUUCGCUUCUUGGACCCUGUGCUGCGCCAGAUGAAGAAAGAGGGCCACCCCGAGUGCCUGUGGAACUUCACGUACCCAGAGUACUGCAAGAUGUUCAGCCUGUGCCUUCAAGACCUGCAGGUGAAGGCCAAGGUGGUGCCGUACCAGAUGCGCCACUCGGGGGCCUCGAUAGACAUGGCGAGAAGGUGGAGACGGCUGGCCGACGUGCAGAAGCGCGGGCAGUGGAAGACCAACCGCAGCGUGGUCCGCUACAAGAAGCAUGCACGCCUGGCGGCCACGUGGGCGACACUGAGCAGCGCGCAGCAAAAAGUGUUCCUGGUCUGCGAGGCUCAGCUCGCGGACAUCAUUUUGGGGCGCGCCUCGCCGGUCGACUUGCGGGAGCUCGACCACGCCUGA